GGGGAAGUUGCGCAGGCGCAGUAAGGUCGGCAACAUGGCGUCCAGGUCCAAGCGGCGUGCUGUGGGUGACGGGGCUCCGCGGCCUCCCGACGCCCCCGCCCCGCGCCAGGAGGAAGAAGAGGAUGAUGAAGUCGAGGACCAGGACGAAGACGAGGAAGACAGUGACGAAGAGGAGGAUGAAGACGACGAGGUAGUGGACGAGGAAGUGAAUAUUGACUUUGAAGCUUAUUCCAUCUCAGACAGCGAUCACGACGGAAUUAAGAAAUUACUGCAGCAGCUUUUUCUAAAGGCUCCUGUAAACACCGCAGAACUAACAGACCUCCUAAUUCAGCAGAACCAUAUCGGGAGUGUGAUUAAGCAGACGGACGUUUCGGAGGACAGUGAUGACGAUGCGGACGAAGAUGAGAUCUUUGGUUUCAUAAGUCUCCUAAAUUUAACUGAAAGGAAGGGUACCCAGUGUGCCGAGCAAGUUAAAGAGCUGAUUCUGAGCCGCUGUGACCAGAACUGUGAAAAGAGCGUGGUUGACCAGCUGGACAAGCUUUUAAGUGAUGCCGCCAAGCCGGUGGGCCUUCUCUUGAGUGAAAGAUUCAUUAACGUGCCCCCCCAGAUCGCUCUGCCCAUGCACCAGCAGCUGCAGAAAGAGCUGGCGGAGGCGCACAAGACCAACAAGCCGUGUGGGAAGUGUUACUUCUACCUUCUGAUUAGCAAGACAUUUGUGGAAGCAGCAAAAACCAAUUCCAGGAAGAAACGUAGCAGCCACAAGAAGGACGAGUUAGUGUUUGCAAACGCAGAGGAAGAGUUUUUCUACGAGAAGGCGGUCCUGAAGUUCAGCUACUCGGUGCAAGAGGAGAGCGACACACGCCUGGGCGGCAGGUGGGCCUUCGACGACGUUCCCAUGACGCCCCUGCGCACGGUGAUGCUGAUUCCAUGUGGCGAGAUGAGUGGGAUCAUGGAGCAGCUGAAAGAGCACCUCUCUGUUUAGCGCCCUCGGACAGCGGUGUGCUGGUGUGUGGAUUACCAGAAACCCCGUGGAGUUACCGGAAAACCCAGGACUUGAUUUAAAUCGAGAUUCUGCUGCCUGUGUCUGCGACACGUGUACAGGGUAGUUUUAGAAACUUCUGGUCAGAUCACGAGUGGCGGGCUGACUGAAAACUGUCCCAGUAAGAGGAAAACUGUGCACUCGUAAUCUGAGGAACUCAAUAAAAACUUCUGUUUUUUAUUUCAAAGUAA